AGAAGGACCAGACUCGUGGUGUCUCUGCUUUGACGACGACGAGGAGCAAGAGCGUUGUUCGUUGUUGCUGGGGGGGACUAAUCCUCACUCACUCCAUAGCCACAGCCUUCGAUCUCUCCAUUUUCCUGAUCGUCCUUGCAUUCCGAACCUCCAGGCUCACCUCAUUGCAUUGCGGUUGGACGAGGGUUGAAGGAAGUGGUGUUGUCCUGUUAGGGCGCGGGUCGUCAUGCCGAUCGUCAGUGUAGGCCGGGAUCGUCUCUUUGCUGCGUUGGAGCAGACGUACACUGACCAGGAAUUCGAUGAGCUCUGCUUUGAGUUUGGCAUUGAGCUUGAUGAUGUGACCACCGAGAAGGAGGUGAUGCGAAAGGAGAAGCAUAUGGAUGAAGAGGCAAGUGCAGAUGAAGAGAUCAUUUACAAGAUUGACGUACCUGCUAACCGGUAUGACUUGUUGUGCUUGGAAGGCCUGGCAAAGGCCUUAAGAGUAUUCACUGGGAAAGACCCUAUUCCCAGUUUUCGUGUGUCUGAGGUUCCAGCAAGCUCGAUACAGAAGAUGGUUGUCAAACCAGAGACUUCGUUAAUUAGGCCGCAUGUGGUCUGUGCGGUGCUCCGGGGAGUUACAUUUGAUGAAGCGCGUUACAGUAGUUUCAUUGACCUUCAAGACAAGCUUCAUCAGAACUUGUGUAGGAGAAGGACUUUGGUUGCUAUAGGGACCCAUGAUCUUGAUGUGCUUGAAGGUCCUUUCACUUACGAGGCUCUCCGACCAGCUGAUAUUAAAUUCGUUCCUCUCAAGCAGACGAAAGAGUUCAAUGGUGCCGAAUUAAUUGAGUUUUACAAGUCAGACAUGAAAUUGAAGAAGUUUCUACAUAUCAUUGAAAGCUCUCCAGUCUACCCUGUUAUCUACGACAGCAAGAGGAGAGUGUUGUCAUUGCCCCCAAUUAUUAACGGAGCACAUUCGGCAAUUUCUUUGAAGACAAAGAACGUCUUUAUAGAAUGCACAGCUACUGAUUUGACCAAAGCAAAGAUUGUCCUAAACACUAUGGUUACAAUGUUCUCGCAGUACAGCAGCCCACAGUUUGAAGUAGAGCCUGUGGAGGUGGUCUCAGCUGACGGAAAGUCUACACGGUACCCUGAUCUUUCACUUCGUACCUUUGAGGUGGAUAUGGCUUACGUCAAUCGAACUAUCGGAACUUCACUAGAGGCCAAAGAGGUCUCCAAGUUGCUUAACAAGAUGCAACUCUACACUGAGGUUCAACCUGACUCAAAACUUCGAGUGUCGGCUCCGCCUACAAGAAGCGAUGUUCUGCAUGCUUGCGAUAUUGCUGAGGAUGUUGCCAUAGCGUAUGGUUACAACAAUAUAAUAAGGACUGUGCCGAAGUCACAUACUCAAGGGAAACAGCAGCCUUUGAAUCACUUCACCGACUUGAUAAGAGCAGAGGUGGCAAUGGCUGGAUUCACCGAAGUUGUCACUUGGAUUUUGUGUUCUCUUGAAGAGAAUUUCAAGAUGGUUAACCGAGAGGAUGACGGGAAUACAGCCGUAAUCAUUGGCAAUCCGAGGUCUGCUGAUUUCGAGGCAGUACGCUCAAGUUUGCUUCCAGGGAUUUUAAAGACCAUGGGUUCCAACAAAGAUGCUCCUAGACCACUCAAGCUCUUCGAGGUUUCCGACGUCGUUAGACUGAACAGUAAAGAGGACGUGGGUGCAAAGAACAGCAGACAUCUUGUUGCUGUUUACUCCAAUUUGAAUUCCGGAUUUGAGGUUAUCCAUGGUCUUGUUGACAGAGUGUUCGAGGUUGUCGGUAUUCGACCUGCUGAAUUUGAUAAAGUGUCUGGAACCUUCAGUGGAGAUGGCUAUUAUAUUACUCCAUCACAGGAGCCUGAAUACUUUUCGGGACGGCAAGCCAACAUCAUGUGUGCAGGAUCCUGCAUUGGCUCCUUCGGAAUCGUAAAUCCUGAGGUUAUGCAGCGUUUCGACAUCAUAGAUCCAUGCUCAGCUGUGGAAAUGAAUAUCGAACCUUUUUUAUACUUGUAGUGCUCUCGGUUUCUUCUAUUCCAUAUUCACAUCUUUUGGCGGUCUGUUGUGACGAUAUUGGAGGAUCAUUUCCUUUUAUGCCAUUAAUGUUGAGAAAGUAUACCUUGGGAUUCCCUACGUUCUCGGUAUUUAGCCUCUCCAUCAUAAUAUGAUUUAGUUGCUGUGUUCAUGGUUACGUCUAUUGAUUGGCAUCAAUGCAACUACGAUUGAACUAA